AUGCCUGAAAUCUUAACUCUUCAAAUUGGGCAAUGUGGUAACCAAGUGGGUCAGCAAUUUUGGAGCCAACUAUGUAAUGAACAUGGGAUAGGACCUGAUGGUAUGACAACAGUUGAAGGAAUGCGUGAAGAUGAAACCAACAUAUUUUUCAAUAGUAAUGAUGAUAAAAGAUUCACACCAAGAGCGUUAUUAGUCGAUCUUGAACCCGGUGUGAUAUCAGACAUAAAAUCUAAAACCAACAAUUUGUUCAAUGAUAGAAAUAUUCAUCUUUCUAGUACUGGUUCAAGCGCUGGGAAUAUAUGGUCCAAAGGUUAUGAUUACGCUGAGAGUCAAAAUGAAUUAUUCUUGGAAAUGAUUGAUAGAGAACUAGAUUCGUGUGAUAACUUAGAGGCAUUUCAAUUGAUUCAUUCAGUGGCUGGUGGUACUGGUUCUGGUGUUGGUUCAUAUUUUUUGGAAAUAUUGGCUGACCGUUACAACAAAAAAUUGACAACAACCUACUCUAUAUUCCCUGAAAGUGUUCAAUCAUCGGAUGUUGUUGUUCAACCAUAUAACACUGUGCUUACUUUGAAAAGGUUAAUCGAUUCUUCAGAUGCUAACAUUGUUAUAGAGAAUAGUGCCUUGUUGAAUAAUGCUAUCAAGACUUUCCAAAGUAAUAGUCCAUCAACAACCCAAACAAAUCAGUUGAUCGCAGCUGUGAUGUCCGGCGCUACCAACACUUUAAGAUACCCAGGAUACAUGUACAAUUCCUAUACAAGCAUAAUAUCAACAUUAGUGCCAACACCUGACCUUCAUUUUUUGGUACCAAGUUAUACCCCUUUCACUUCAGAUUUUGUCACUGAUGCUAAACAAAUAAGAAAGAGUUCGGCAUACGACGUUGUUUUAGAGUUAUUAGACAAGAAGAUAAAAAUGAUUGAUGUUGAAGAAAAGCAUAAUCUUUACAUUUCAAUAUUCGGUAUUUUACAAGGUGAUUAUGAUCAAACUGAUAUACAGAAGGCUAUAAUAAAGGCACAACAAAGAGCUAAAUUUGUUCCUUGGAGCUCUUCAAGUGUUCAUGUUGCUAAUGGUAAAAAGUCUCAACAUUACAAGACUUCAGAUUCAGACUAUGUGAGUGGUCUUAUGCUUUCAAAUACUUCAUCUAUUAUUUCACUGUUGGGUAAAACGUGUAAACAGUAUGAUAAGAUCAUGAGAAGAAAUGCGUUUGUUGGUGGUUACAAAGAUGGUAAAUUGUUUCAAAAUGGUCUUGAUGAAUUUAAAGAGUCUAGGGAAACUGUUCAAAGUGUUAUUGAUGAGUAUAAAAGAGCUGAAUUGGUGAGUUAUUUGGAUGAUGAUGUUGAAGAUGAAGAAGUAGAGCUAUAG